AUGACUCUCAGUAAGAAGUCGGACGGCUCAAAGGUGAAGGAAAUUGCAGCAGCCACUGGUGAUUAUCAAUUCCGAGGUCUGGAUGCUGGUGACUACUGUAUCACCGAGUCCCCCGCUGCUACAGACUAUGCCCCCACCUACAACGCUGGUGACAACAAGUUCGCAGUCUACACAUACAAGUUUUGUCUGACAGUGGCUGCCAAUGAUAAUAUUAAUGAUGCUCAUCUCGGCAUGAAUAAGGUCUUCAAGGCAUAUCUCUCUGCAUUCGAUGACAGCAAAGUCCAGAAUGGUCUCCUUGCCUACAGCCUCCAAACUCUCCACUGCAACGCAUCUUUCAGCUAUACCGAUGGUGGUCCCAAAGUUUAUACCUUCGAAUUACUGUCAGAUUUGAUGUACUUCUACAUUCCAGCCAACAAGGCGGUCUGCUACUACAUCACAUCCACCGGUUAUGAACCACUUUGCAAGGUUCAGAAUGACAACACCUUUGACAGUACUGGCAAGGAAUGCCUGACCAUUGACAAGGAUAGCACCUAUCAUCGUGCUGCAAUGGUAAAGGGAAUGAAGAUCAGUGGAUUGGUUUGGGAUGACACGACUGCAUUCGAUGGCAAGCUGGACAAGACCAAGCCCUUCGGUCCACUCAAGAUGACACUCAGAAAGGCAAAUGGUACCCUAUCAGAUGGUCCUACAAACAACGUUCCAACCUACAACACUGGAGACAACAAGUUUGGAGUCUACACAUCCAAGUACUGCCCCCCUACAUUAGUAACCACUUCGUUCACUGAUGCUCAUCUUGGUAUGAACAAAGUGUUCAAGUCAUUCCUUAAUGCUUUCGACGACAGCACGUCAAAGAACGGAUUGAUGUCUGAGAAGGUUGCAGACAUCACUGCCUACCAUGCGGACUUUAGCUAUACCCCUGGCGGUCCCAAGGUUUGGCCAUUUGACACCACUCAGAACAGCAUGAUAUACUUCUGGAUUCCAGCAAACAAGAAUAUCUGUUUCUACAUUACAGUUCCUGGCUUCACCCCUCUUGGCAAGGUACAGAAUGACAACUCCUUUGACAGUGAGGGCAAGUACUGCAGUGUGAUAACCACAGAUCAAGCCAGACAUAAUGCUGCAUUCAUCAAGAAUUAA